AUGACAGUCCUUACAUCUUUGAACUGUGCAGUUCUGGGCAUCGCGUGGAGCCUGAGCUUUUUGUCGUGCGCUCAUUGUGGGAUAAGUGAUCACCAUGUGCACUCCAGUUUUAUCUACAGGAGAUUGCGCAAUCACGAACGCAAGGAGAUCCAGAGAGAGAUCCUGUCCAUCCUGGGUUUGCCCCACCGGCCGAGGCCCUUCUCUCCCGGGAAGCAGUCCUCCUCUGCGCCGCUCUUCAUGCUCGACCUGUACAAUGCUAUGGCCGUGGAGGAAGAAAGCGCGCACCACGGUACAGGGAAAGGCUUCAGUGCCAAGGCGGCCGGCCAGUCCCGGAAAGCUUACUACAGUCCCCAGGGCAACGGAUACUCCCGUAUGGUACAGCCCUACCGCGCGGCGCCUCUGUUGGGCCAUAACCCUGCGCUCACCACGGCACAUGACACUAGCUUCCUAAACGAUGCCGACAUGGUCAUGAGUUUUGUUAAUUUAGUGGAGAAAGAUAAAGAUUUCUCACACCAAAGACGACACUACAAGGAGUUCCGGUUUGAUCUGACUCAGAUCCCCGAGGGGGAAGCUGUGACUGCUGCCGAGUUUCGAAUCUAUAAGGAUCGCAGCCAUUCGAGAUAUGACAAUAUUACUCUGAAGAUCUCCAUAUAUCAAGUCAUCAAAGAAUAUCAAAAUAAAGAUGCAGACACUUUCCUGUUGGAUUUCAAAAAGGUGCAGGCUUCAGAUGGAGGCUGGCUCAGCUUUGACAUCACAGCCACCAGUAACCACUGGGUGAUGAACCCUCAGCACAACCUGGGCCUGCAGCUCUGUGUGGAGAUGGGAGAUGGCCGCAGCAUCAACACCAAGUCUGCCGGAAUCAUUGGAAGGAAUGGGCCCCAAUCCAAACAGCCAUUCCUGGUUGCUUUCUUUAAGGCUAGUGGAGUUUUGCUUCGCUCAGUGAGAGCUACUGGUGGGAAGAAAAAGAACCAUAAUCGCAAUAAAUCUACCAAUCAACAAGAGUCAUCACGAGCACCAAAGACUGGAGACUAUAACACAAGUGAACAGAAGCAAGCCUGCAAAAAGCAUGAACUCUAUGUGAGCUUCAGAGAUUUGGGUUGGCAGGACUGGAUCAUUGCUCCAGAGGGUUACGCUGCAUUUUAUUGUGAUGGUGAAUGUGCAUUUCCUCUUAAUGCACACAUGAAUGCAACGAAUCAUGCCAUUGUUCAAACUCUUGUUCAUUUAAUGUUUCCUAACAAUGUGCCAAAGCCAUGCUGCGCUCCAACCAAACUGAAUGCGAUAUCAGUGCUGUACUUUGAUGACAGUUCCAACGUGAUUCUUAAAAAAUACAGGAACAUGGUGGUGCGGUCUUGUGGUUGCCAUUAGCAUCCAGUAAGACUUUAAUUUAUGCUCU